AAAACAUUACGUUGGCAAAAGUAAAACUCUUGUUUUUUUCUAACUUCAUAAAUGGAGCAUGACAUCACUGUUGCUCUGUCUGCUUCUUCAUUUCUUCCUAUGAACAUAACAAACUAGGAUUAAAGAUGACGGAAAACCCACGCGCCGGCGCCGGGAACCGACGCACACGAUCACAAGCAGCUCCUGAAUGGGCAGUAACAGAAUCACUCAUUCUCGUCAACGAAAUCGCUGCGGUGGAAGCCGACUGUUCCGUUGAGUUUUCAUCUUACCAGCAAUGGGACAUAAUAUCGGGAAACUGCGCCGCCUUAGAAGUCGAUCGGAACUUAGCUCAGUGUCGUCGGAAGUGGCGAUCUCUACUCGCUGAAUAUGAUGAUGUCAGAAAAGGAAGAAAAUCUUCCAAUUUGGAUCCUGAAUUGUUUGAUGCUAUUGGGAGAGUUGUUAAAGGAAGAGAAGAAAGAGGUGAAAUUGAUCGUGAAAGUGAUGCUGAAAUUGGGGAUGAAGAUCUUGAUGCUACCGUUGAAAUUGAAACUGGGUCGAAAAGAAAAAGACAGCGAAGUAAACCUAAGAGAUACCGUGAAGAAAAGCCUAAGGAAAGCCAUGAAGAACAGCCCGAGAAUACUCAUUUAGAAGACCAGUAUUUGAAAGACUUACUCGGAAAGAAAUCUAAGUUGAAUUCUCCUGCAAAAAGGAGGGCAAAGCACAUAGAGACACCGUCGACAAGCCUAGCCGAAGUAGACAAAAACCAUGAUACUGAAGAAAAGCCAAAGCCAACCAGUGUAGGAAACAUAACAAAUAAUAAUAGCAGGGAGGAAAAUGAGGAAAUGCUGAAAUCUAAGUUGAAAUCUCCUGCAAAAAGGCGUGCAAAGUACAUAGAGACACCGCCAACAAGCCUAGCCGAAAUAGACGAAAACCAUGAUAUUGAAGAAAUGCCAAGGCCAACCAGUGUAGGAAACAUAACAAAUAAUAAUAUCAGGGCGGAAAAUGAGGAAAUGCUGAAAUCUAAGUUGAAAUCUCCAGCAAAAAAGCGUGCAAAGCACAUAGAGACACCACGGACAAGCCUAGCCGAAGUAGACGAAAACCAUGAUAUUGAAGAAAAGCCAAAGCCAACCAGUGUAGGAAACAUAACAAAUAAUAAUAUCAGGGAGGAAAAUGAGGAAAUGCUGAAAUCUAAGUUGAAAGCUCCUGCAAAAAGGCGUGCAAAGCACAUAGAGACACUGCGGACAAGCCUAGCCGAAGUAGACAAAAACCAUGAUAUUGAAGAAAAGCCAACCAGUGUAGGAAACAUACCAAAUAAUAAUAUCAGGGAAGAAAAUGAGGAAAUGCUGACUCUGAAAUUGCAAGAGUUAGCAAUAGAGAUUCAAGAUAUUAAUGCUGAAUCUGCUGACUGUAAGGAAGCUAACUCAGAGAAUAUAGAGGAUUACCGUACUGAAUUUACCAGACGCCAAGGCGAUAAGCUCAUAGCAAGACUGGGAAAUUUCUCUAACACCCUUAAACAACUAUGUGAUCUUCUCCAAGAGUGUAAAUGAAGAUUAUAAUUAUUUUUGUCCUUGUUAGUGAAAUGCAGCAUAUGUAGGAGAAGAAUGCUGUUUAUAAUUGUGAACUGUGAUCAUCACUCACUGUGCUUCGUUUUGAGAAAAUUAAAAGACUUAUUUAUCUAUAUAUUUGCAAUUUUAAUGUUAUUAUAUAACCUAUUCGAAAAGAAUAAAAGGGUCACUACAAAAUUUAAUUGCUGUUUCA